GGUUCGUGUAGCACAACGAAUGUGUUUUCGUCGCACGAGCUCGCAGUGAUAGCUUGCUGGCUAUCUUUCACUGGUCGCUUCAUUGUUUCUCAUUUUAUUUAUACUGAACGAAAUGGAAAGUGAUAUACUUGAUGGAUUGGAUCAAGUCGGAUACAACGGGGCCCUGGAUAAGGAGAAAGCCCUGUUAACUGCAUGUGAAGAGGGCUUUUCCUCUCAAGAGUAUGUCGCACUGUGUAGGUGGUUGGCGACUAAACUGGACCAGCUCUGUGAUCUGGAGAGUGAAAAACCAGACACAUCAGAGGAUGUUAAGACAGAGAUGCUUUACCUAGGCAAACUGUUCGGCGAACUGGCUUGUCCAUAUAAGGGGCUUGUUUCAGGGUUAAUGGAAGGAGAACUGAAGAACAAAAAGGACCAUCUGAAAAUCAUUUUGUUUUUGGUAUCUGAACUUCAGGCUGCACAGAUUGUGGCCAGCAAGACACGGACUGACACAAAGUUUAAGAAACAGAUCACACCUCUACAAGAUCUCCAAAUGAUUUGCAAAGCACUUAAACUUCCAGAACCUAGCCAGCAACAAACAUCAGAAUUAUUUCCCUCUAUAGAAAACCAGGUAAACAUUUUGCUCAAGAAAGUUCCAGAGAAGCAUAUUGGAAAACCAGUUUUGAGGCAUUCCCUUAGCAGUGAACAGUGGAGCCAGCUGGACAAGAUUAAUUGCGUUCUUUCCGCAGACUACGAGUGUCGUCGGCGCAUGCUGAUCAAACGCCUGGAUGUCACUGUGCAGUCUUUCAGCUGGUCUGACAGAGCCAAGGCAAAAAUUGACACUAUGGCCAAAGCAUAUCAGCCAAAGAGACACUCACUGACGUUGAAGUCAUCAGUAAGCCUUGCUCAUCUACUGGCAACACGAGAAGAUAUCUGCAACAUGGUGAAGACAAGCAGUGGUGCCAGCAGAGAGAAGACUGUCUGUGCUGUGAACAAAGUGCUUAUGGGAAGGGUUCCUGAUCGGGGUGGAAGACCAUCAGAGAUUGAAGCUCCUCCCCCUGAGAUGCCACCUUGGCAAAAGAGACAGGAUGGAGGUGGAUACAGAGGAGGAGGGGGAGGGUAUGGUGGCGGCGGAUACAGGGGUGGAGGUCAUGGAGGGGGAGGAUAUGGAGGAGGAGGAGGGGGAGGAUAUGGACAAGGAGGAUAUGGAGGUGGAUCCAAAGGUGGCUGGGGCCGAGGAGGUGGAGAACGAGAUCACUGGGGAAAGGGUGGAAAGGGAGGUUAUUAUAGGUGACAAAAAAAAUUGAAAAGGAUGUGCACACAUUAUAAAGUAUUAUGAUGAAUUCAUUUGUUUAACAGUAGUUUUUUUCUGUUAUUUUCGUCCUCAUUCGAAACGUGUGCAGAGACUUAAUCAGACAUUGAAAACACUGAAAAUAACAGGUCUUAUUUAAUCGGUCUAUGUGAUGAAGAAGACUGGACGGGUCCGCAAACAAGCUGCAAAGUAAUCUUGACACUCCUGCAAGCAACAUUUUUAAACUGAGAGGGGUGUUUUUACUAUUGUUAUUAUUACUGUUAAAUCAUGUUUUUGUAAUUUUUUGGAGAAUCUGACAAUAGUUUGCGAUAUGAAGUGCUAAUUCGCCUUUGCAGUUUAAAAAGAGCUGUCCAGUGGUCAUGGCUGCCAGUAAAGAAUGUUUACAUUAAAUAAAAAAACACGUUUUUGUUUUGUUUCAUUUAUGUUGUUUUGUUCUGGUUGGAUCUUGUGUAAUGAUUUAAAAAUACUGUAAAUGUUGCAUUCAGUUUUGAACUGUUGUGUUGUGAACUUCUUCAAUAGGUUAUGUGAUUUUGGGAAUGAAUUGUGUGGUCAAACAGUCUAUUCACAUUCAUAAUUUUAUCUUUUGUCAAAGGCCUUCACAAAAGAAGUGUUUAAAGAAGAAUUCCAGAUUUUUUUCCCCCCAAAUUUCUAAAUAAUACAACCUGUAAACAAAGUCAUUCAAAGUGGUUAAAUCUGAAAUGGUGCAUUGAAAAGAAACUUACCAACUCUGCUUUCUUUACAGCGGUUGUGAUUGGAGCUCUGGGAUGUAAUAAUUACAGUGAAAAUACAGACAUUUCAUUUGCUGUCCUAAAUGACCAGUGAACCGCCUCGUUGCUUCUGAGCAUGGAUAUAGCUUGAACUCUUAGCAGUGGGUCACCCCAUUCUAAGAAAAAAUAUGAAUAAAAUAGUGUUACUGUAUUAAAAUGA